AUGGCAGCGUCGUGUUCCCGCCUGUCUACCUGGCUGGUGGCCCGCCUGCUUGCCCUGUCUCUUGAUCUGCGUUUGGUUGGCCUGGUUCUUCUAUACCUGCUUUUCUUCUUUGAUUUGUGUUGUUUUUGUCACUUCUGUGCCUCAUUCACCAGCCGAUCAGUACAAGCCUCGCGACCAGCGCUCUUCCUCUCGGCUCGAGUUCGUGCCACCGCGCUGCACACAUCAGACGUGCUAGGCGCUGCCGCGAUCAUGGAUCAAUAUGAUGUCCACAAGCGUCUCGGCAAGGGUGCGCAGGGUGCCGUUUACCUGGUCACGGACAAGCGCACGGGUGAGCAGUGUGUCAUGAAGAUGGUCGAGUGCAAUGAUGAAGCUGAAGCAGAUAAAGCUUUUCGCGAGGCCAUGGCCCUUGAAAAGCUCAAACAUAAAUACAUCUGUGGCUAUCGUGAACUCUUUGUCAACUGGGAUCGCGAGAAAACAUCCAUGUUUGUGUGUAUCGUCAUGGACUUUUACAAGGCCGGCGAUUUGGACAAUGUCAUCAAGCAAUACCGCUCCAAGGAAAAGGCAAUUCCCGAGAAGAUUUUGAAGAAAUGGUUUGGCCAAAUGGUCGAAGCGCUUGUUUUCAUCCACUCUCAAAAGGUGGUCCAUCGCGAUCUUAAGCCCAGCAACAUGUUCAUGAGCGAUGAGCUUGACAUCAAGAUUGGAGACUUUGGUGUCGCCACCGUCAUGCAAGGCACCAAGACAGGCACCACAGUUGGGACGGUCAACUACAUGGCUCCGGAAGUCUUGGAGCGCCCGUACAAUGAAACCUCAGAUAUCUGGUCUCUGGGCUGCAUUCUCCUUGACGCAAGCACCUGCGGUUUUCUUGAUCACUCGCAAGCUCAGAGCCUCCUGUUUGAGGUCAAGCACAAACCAGCACGUCUUGAGGAUGCUCUUCAGGAGAUUAACAAGACCUACAGUCGCGAGCUCUGCCAAGUCAUUCGUGCCAUGUUGCGGCGAAACUUUCACCAACGCCCGAGCGCGAAAGACCUGACAGCGCUCAUGUUUGUGCAGAGUUGCCUGUCCCUCUCCAAGUCCGAGCUGGUCCGCAAAGACUGCUUGUCGGGUGAGUCGGAAGCCUCCGGCGCCAAACCAACCACAACCAAGCGCAUUCCCAGCAAGGUGGAAGAGCUUCCUAGUUUCAUGAAGAAAAACGACACGCGUGUUGGCUGCCAAGUGGCCGCGCUUGAAGAAGCAGCGCGCCUCAUCUCCUCCGUCCAGCAAGAGUUCACCACCGAGAUGCUCGCUGCUGUCCUCGAGGCCAUGCAUGAUUUUAAAAACAAUGUGUGGGUGCAGACUGCAGCUUGCCAAGCCUUGGUGGCUAUGAUGCAAGCCAAGGACUCGGACCCCGAGUACCGUACCGUCGAAGUUGUGCGCCAUGUGCUCCAAGCCAUGCGCUCGCAUGCUGUCAGCGCACUUCAGCAGGUUGCAUGCCAGCUCAUUACGGUCAUGGCCACGGAAGAGAACUCAGCCAAGUUGCUGGGUGAGCAAGGCGCUGUGCAGGAUGUCCUCGCAGCCAUUCGCGACAACAUUGAUAGCGCCAGCCUUGCCAAGGAUGGCUGUCUGGCCCUGUGGAGCCUCUCGCUGCAUGAGGCAAAUGGGCGCAUCGUAGCGGAAGAACGCGGCAUUCAAGAUAUUAUUAACAUUCUUCAUACGCACAGCGAAGAAGUGCCCACCAUCACAGCUGCCAUCUCAGCAAUCUGGACCUUGUCUGCCGUGGAUGAGAUUGUGGACGAUCUCGUGGAUGAAGGGGGUGUAACGAUGAUUCUGAUGGCCCUCCGCAACCACGGCCUGGAGCAUCAAGAACUUACUCUGGAAGCACUGCAGGCGUUGGCUGCCCUGGCUGUUGAAGAAUCUUGCACCGUGUGUGUCUUGGAUCGCGAUGAGGGUGUUGAUGGCUUGCAAACGCUCAUCGACACGGCGCAGCACUACAAAGCCGAGGCCCCGGUUAUCGAGGCGCUGGUGGGAGUCAUUGCAGAAAUUGCUGACCACCGUGACAGCGCCGAGGUGCUGGUGGAAAGUAACUUUACCGAGCUUCUCAUGACUCUCAAGGCACAGCACCCGACCGAUAAGGAAAUCCAAUCUCGGUGCACGACGGCACUAGCGGCCUUGCAGCAAUGAGCCGAAGCUGCUUCGCCCAAGGGUUAGCGUCCAUGCAGCAUAUCUGGACGGUUGCGAAGUUUGUAUCUACCCAGUAAAUGUCUAGAGCCGAGAUCGUUCUUCGUGGCCUCGGCAUCGAACCAAACACGUCGUGAGUGACUUUUGAGACCUUAUUGAACUACUUCAAUUAC